AUUUUCCUCGCCCCAAAGCCUUCUAUUAAUUCUUAAACCUCUUCUUAUAUAUAUAACUUCAUCUUUCAGAUUUGUUUAAGCUAGCUAGCUAGCCAUCAUGGGCGUGAUCACUUAUGAAACCGAGAUCACCACCUCUAUCCCGCCGGCCAAGCUAUUCAAGGCCUUUGUCGUCGACGCCGACAUCCUCAUCCCCAAGAUAAUGCCGCAGGCUAUCAAGAGCGUCGAGAUCCUCGAAGGCGACGGCGGGCCCGGCACCAUCAAGCUCACCACUUUUGGCGAAGGGAGCACAUACAAGAGCGCAAAGCAGCGCGUCGACGGGAUAGACAAAGAUAACUUCACCUACAGCUACAGCAUAAUCGAAGGCGAUGCUUUGACGGGUGGAAUCGAAUCGAUCUCGUCGGAGGUCAAAAUCUCGGCCUCCGCCGACGGAGGAUCCAUCUGCAAGAACAGUAGUACGUACCACGUGAAGGGUGACGCCCAGAUCACUGAAGAGGAUAUCAAGAGCGGCAAAGAGAAGGCCAAAGGCAUGUUCAAGGCUAUUGAGGCCUAUCUCUUGGCCAAUCCCGAGGCUUAAUUAGUAACCCAACUAUAUAUUUGGCCAUAGUUUGGUGUUGUUAUGUUUUACGUACGUUCCAAUAUAAAAAAGAGCCUUGUGAGAGGGUUUGAGCUAUGAACGUUAGUUCAAAUGUGUGUUUUAUUGGUCUUUCUUUGGAUGUAUGAAAUAUGUAAGUUCUUGGAGUCAAUAAAAGGGAUUGUUACUAUA